AUGGAUGAUAAUAAUAUAAUCAGAUUUAAAGAUUUACUUGACGACAUGGAUAAAGAAGAUUAUAAUUAUAUAUACUCAGGAUUAUAUCAGAUAAUUGAAACCAAGUUAAUAAAAUCUGAUCGUUUUAGUGAUUUUUCAGAAAAGAAAUAUUAUCUUUAUUUAUUACAAAUAAAAAAAAUAUCUGAAAAGAAAAGUGGUCGGUUGACUUACGAAGAAAGAGAAGAAAUUGAUGAGUUGGUUGAAAAAUAUGAAGAGAAUAAUAAAAUAAGACAUUGUAGAAAGGCUAAUAAUAAUUUAAGAAAUAUAUAUUUAAAUUUAUCACAUAUAUCUGAGACAAUUAAAAAUAAAGAAAGGGAUAUUUUUAAAAAGGUGAAUAAACGAUGGAGUCAAAUUAUCGAAGAAAGUAAAUAUCAAGAAUUAAAAAUUCCAGAAUCGUUAAGAGAUGAUAUACCAUAUAAAACACUUGAUAGGGAAACAUUUUUAAAAUUAGCAAAUUAUUAA